AUGUUUUCAUCUUCCAAACAAGGGGCUCGUUGUUCAUUGCAACGUCUCUGCCAAAAGGCUCAUCGUUAUCCGAACACCACGACAGCCAUCUAUCGAGGUUAUCAUUUGAAUCAUUGCUUAUUCUCAUCAUCGGAGAAUAUUACACCAAGUGAUGAUGCCUCAAACAAUUCUGCACCAACACGAUCAGGCUCAGCUCGGAAGAAACGUUUCAUUUCCAUGAUAAGUUCCGAGGAAGAUGAGCCAGCAUCAUCAUCUCAGGGUGCAACACUCGCUUCCUCCACUCCAUCAUCAUCUGCAGAAUCUACCAAUAAUAAUCCAACAACAACAGCAGGCUCGUCAAGAAAAUCUUCAAUCUCUGCAAGGUCCAAAGUACAUUCUUCCUCGAUAGCAGAGAACAAUUUACAGGCACCUGCUACAAGAAAUGGAGUUUUCCGAUAUGCCAUUCCUUGGCAAGAUGCUGAUUAUUAUAACGAACAAAAAUUGGAGAAUGAGAUGAGAAGGAUAUUCGAAAUUUGUCAUGGAUGCAGGCGGUGUUUUAACUUGUGUGACUCUUUUCCAACUCUUUUUGAUUUGAUUGACAAAGUUGAAGUAUUGGAGAACGUUCCUUCGAGCGAAUUUAAAAAGGUUGUAGACAAGUGUACCUUAUGUGACUUGUGUUAUAAUAACAAAUGCCCAUAUGUCCCUCCUCAUGAAUUUAAUAUUGAUUUUCCUCAUCUUUUACUUCGUUACAGAGCUGUUGAACAACGAAAAAAGAAUGAAAAGCAUGUCACUUCACAACCACCCAUUCAGCUUAAGGAAACAGUUGGAUUUUUGAAUCAAGGAGUGCCACAGAAGAAAGAAUUUGAAGCUCCUGUCCAUGAUGGAGUUGAUAGAACAUUGACUCUUCAAAAAGAAAGUGAACUGUCUCAACAACUUUUGACACACAUGGAUCGAAACGGAAAAAUUUUGACAAGAUUACCUACUGCAAUCACCAACUUGAUGAUGAACAAUGCAUUAGUAAGAUGGUUCCUUGAUACAAUCGGACUCAUUCACAAAAAAGCAUAUUUACCACCUUUCACAUUUGGAACACUUAUUGAAAAGUUAAAGAAGAAACAUCAAUUCAUGGAAAGUGCUGUUGGAACGACUGCAGCAAUUGAUGAAAAAGUCAUUCUAUAUACAACAUGUUUGGGAAAUUACAACAAGCCAGAACUCGUGGAAACAGCUAAAUUUGUCUUACUGAGGAAUGGUGUGGAAGUUGUCGUCGAUUACAAACAAUGUUGCGGGAUGCCUUUCUUCGAGCAAGGUGAUUUGGCCUCUGUAAGCCAUGCGGCAGAGACUGUUUCCAAUUACUUGGUCUCAAAUUAUAUCUCUAAGGGAUAUAAGGUGGUCACUGUUGUUCCCAGUUGCUCUCUCAUGCUGAAGGCGGAAUGGGCCAAUAUUUUACCCAAUAAUGAAAAUGUACAGCUUGUAAAGAAGAACACCAUGGACAUUAGUGAAUAUGUGGUGUAUUUAGCGAAAAAGAAUGGAGGUCAAUUACCAACACAAGAUCAAAUUCAAUCAUUACCGUACAGUGUUACAUUACAUCAUGCAUGUCAUGCUCGUGCACAAAAUAUUGGAAAUAAGGGCCAUGAAAUGCUGAAAUUCAUUCCGGGCAUCAAUGUAAGCGUUAUCCAAAAAUGUAGUGGUCAUGGUGGAAGUUUUGGAACAAAGAAGGAACAUUUUGACACAGCUGUCAAGUACGGCAAGCCUGUAGCAAAGAAAAUUUUGCAAGAUUCAGAGAAAAGCAAUGAACAUCGACACAUUGUUGCCAGUGAGUGUCCUUUAGCCGCUGAACAUUUGAGCCAAGUCACAUCCAUGUCUAAGGAGGAAAAGGAAGGACUUGUCACAACUGUGUCAUCCCAAGGGGAUUUACACCAAAUUGAAAACAAGCAUCCAAUAGAAAUACUUGCCCAGGCUUAUGGAUAUGUCAGAAAGUAA